AAAAAACCCAGUUUGGGAAUGACGAAGAAGAAAAAUCAUGAAGUAGAAGUAGAAGAAGACUCAGAUUCUCUAGAGAAUAAGAAAUCUUUUAAAAUCGACUGGAAUUCCGUCCUAGACGACGACGACGACUGCAGCGGCGGAAAGGAACAUCAAGUGCCGGAGUUGCUGAUUGUCAACACCAAAGCUCCUCCUCCGACUCAUCCGCCGUCAUCUUCAUCAUCUUCUCUCCCCGAGAUGGACUGUCACAGAAGCCUAACCGAUCAGGCGCUCGACGAGCAGCUAGAGCGCAACAAAUCUCACCUCGUGAAAUUAGGUCCGAGUCUACCCGACAAUGGUGAGAGAAUCAUCCUCAAAAUCGAUAGCCUUGAAGCAGAGAAGCAACGCAGGCUGUUACAUCGCUCCACAAUGGAUGCAGACAGAAGUUCAAAGCUCAUGCAUGCAACUACCUCAGGUUCAGAUGUCACGGCACGAGGGAAUUCGGUUUCAACAGAAGGUUCUAGACAAGGGAAUACAGACUCUAAAGAAGAAGUCUCACGGUCGACGUUUUCAGAUUUUUUCAGUAAACCCAAACCGGAUAACGAGUCAACGAGAGCGUUUUGUAAAGAACUAGAAGAUCUGGGAUGCGAAAGUGUGAAACCCAAGGCUGAGAAAAAGGUUGUGACUAGGCAGAAGAGCCGAUGGCGGAUUUUGUCAAAUGCAGUGGAAGCUGAGUACAGUGAAAAGAAGUUUAAUCAUGAACUUAAAGGGAAGAAAAAACAAAAGGAAUCUUCCACUUACUCCCUGCUUGAUGAUGAUCGUGAUUAUGAAACCAAUGGCCAUGAAACUCCUAAGGAGUGGUCUUGGGAAGAAUAUCCAUCACAGAGUUCAAAGCGCCGUAAGAAGGCAGAUGAUACAGUGAUUAACAUAGACGAAGAAGAACCUCAGCCUUCAACGUUUGCAGAGCAACCAGUUGAACUUCCUGAAGGCUUACAGGAAGAUAUAUGCUACCCAUCAAGUGAUGAUCCACACUUUGUUCAAGUUUGUCUUAAAGAUCUUGAAUGCCUUGCACCUCAAGAGUUUCUAACAUCUCCAAUCAUGAAUUUCUACAUCAGGUUCUUGCAGCAGCAGCAGGUAUCUACCGGUUGUCACUUCUUUAACACCUAUUUUUACAAGAAGCUCUGUGACGCAGUUACAAACAAGGGAAAUGACAAGGAUGCCUCUUUUGUUAGGCUUAGGCGGUGGUGGAAGGGUAUUGAUUUAUUCCGUAAGGCAUAUCUAUUCAUACCAGUACAUGAGGAUGUCCAUUGGAGCCUAAUAAUAGUUUGCAUCCCAGACAAGGAAGAUGAUUCCGGAUUGACUAUACUUCACCUUGAUUCAUUAGGACUUCAUCCGAGAAGAUCAAUUGUUGAGAAUGUAAAAAGGUUUCUAAAAGAUGAAUGGAACUUUUUGAAUCAGGAUGAUGAUUAUUCAUCUAAUCUACCGAUCUCAGAGAAACUAUGGAGAAACCUCCCACGCAGGAUUAGCGAUGCUGAUAUUAAGGUUCCACAACAGAAGAACGAUUUUGACUGUGGUCCUUUUGUUCUCUUCUUUAUCAAGCGGUUCAUCGAAGAAGCUCCUCAAAGGCUGAAAAGGAAAGACCUUGGAAUGUUCGACAAGAAGUGGUUCAAACCUGACGAAGCCUCUGCUCUGAGAACUAAUAUCCUAAGCACACUCAUCGAUCUUUUCCGUCUGAAUGACCAGACUGAUCACCACAAAGACCAGACAGACAAGACAUCUGAUGACAAUGCAGCAUCCAAGUCAAGAGAUUGCUCACCGCUCUAA